CAGCAUAAAGAAUUGUUUAUCUAGCUCUUCACAGACAGAAGCUGGAGCUUUUAAUGACUUUUUUGUCUGGUUCUUUUUCAUUAUCUAGAAGUAAAGAAGGCAACACAUUGCAGUCAUGAUACCCUCGGCUUGCAGAUAUUUGUUACCCUCUCUGAUUAAGGGAAGGGGAUUCUUACUUGAGCAGACCUACAGAGUCACUGCCAGCAAGGGCAGAGCAGUUACAGGGACAGCAGCUAGUACAGUAGACGAGAAGAGGAUGAAAACAUUUGAUGAUCUGCCUGGGCCAUCUUUGCUUGCCAAUUUAUAUUGGUAUUUUUUAAGAGGUUACCUGCUGCAUACUCAUGAACUACAAUUAGCACACAAGAAAAUCUAUGGACCAAUAUGGAAGUCAGUAAUGGGACCUUUUAGGACAAUAUAUGUUGCUGACCCUGAAAUGCUUCAGGUGGUGCUGAGGCAGGAGGGAAAAUAUCCCAUGAGAAAUAAAAAUGACAUCUGGAAAGAGCACCGGAACCAGCGGAACAUAACAUAUGGACCUUUCACAGAGGAAGGUCACAAAUGGCAUAAAUUGAGAACAGUUUUGAACAAACGUAUGUUGAAGCCAACAGAAGCUAUGAGCUAUGCAGGAGGUAUAAAUGAGGUUGUGACAGAUUUCAUGGACCGACUUCAGGACAUGCGCAAGGAGAGUUCCUCUGGUGAUAUGGUCAACGAUGUAGCAAAUGCAUUUUACAGAUUUGCUUUUGAAGGGAUCUCCUAUAUCUUGUUUGAAACUAGAAUUGGCAGUUUGGAUAAACAGAUCCCUCCCGAGACCCAGAAGUUCAUUGAUUCCAUUGGCUAUAUGUUUAAGAACUCUGUUUAUGUUACCUUUCUGCCCAAGUGGACAAGGAGGGUUUUACCCUAUUGGGAUCGGUAUAUAGAAGGCUGGGAUAAUAUUUUUUACUAUGGGAAUAAACUCAUUGACAAGAAAAUGAGUGAGAUCCAGUCCAGACUAGAAAAGGGUGAAGAGGUGAAGGGAGAAUACCUCACUUAUUUGCUGUCCAGUGGAAAGCUGUCUAUUGAAGAUGUAUAUGGCAGUGUGACGGAACUUCUUCUAGCUGGUGUAGACACUACUUCAAACACAUUGACCUGGUCUCUUUAUCAUCUGGCAAGAAACCCAGAAAUCCAGAAGACCUUGUAUGAUGAGGUGAUUGGAGCGGUUCCCAUGGAUCGUCUUCCAGUUGCUGAGGACAUUUCGCGAAUGCCGUUCCUGAGGGCUGUAAUCAAGGAAACAUUACGUCUGUAUCCUGUUGUACCAACCAAUGCAAGAGUUGUUAAUGAGAAUGACAUAGUUAUUGGGGAUCAUUUUUUCCCCAAAUCUAGUUUCUUUGUCUUGUGUCACUAUGCCAUCUCUAAAGAUGAGAAGGAUUUUCCAGAUCCUGAAAAGUUCCUGCCCCAUCGUUGGCUGCGUGAUGGUGCGAUAAAGCACCACCCUUUCAGUGCAAUUCCUUUUGGGUAUGGGGUUCGAGCUUGUGCAGGGAAAAGGAUUGCAGAGCUGGAGAUGCACCUGGCAUUAUCACGGAUCAUUCGGUUGUUUGAAAUAAAGCCAGAUCCUAAGGGUGGUGAGGUCAAGUCCAUGACUCGUAUCAUUUUGGCACCAACCAAACAAAUCAACCUGCGGUUCCUAGAGAGAAAACACAAUCAAGUUUAAAAACCUGCCUUGCAAAAAUACAGGAAGAUUUAUUAAACUUUUAUAGACUUUUUUUCUUAAGUUUUUAUCUACAGCAAAACUAAAAAUAAAAAAUGAGAGAACAUCCAUUAGGUGUUUUGCAGGGAAAACAUUGGAUAACAACGUUGGAUAACAUUUAAUUUGCUGAAACAGACUUUAAAAAAAAAACUUGCUGCAGAAUCACUGGAAGUAGGGGCCUUUAUGAUACAAAUGCAUCCAGAAAUUGGACAUAUUUCAUGAUGAACAUGUUAUUAUUCAUUAUCUAUUAAGAACUGUAGUCCAAAUGUAUCUUCUGCCUCUUUAAUAAUAUUAUAGCACAUGUUGUACAAAACAAUUUAAUUAAAAACUCUGAUGAAAGUAAA